CUCGGACUUGAGCUUGGUCGAUGGCUGUCACGUUCUGAUGAGGAUCGUUUCUUUGGUCAUGUCGUUGCUUGACUACCGCUUGCUGUGUCUCGAGCCGACAAUUGAUCUACUUCAGUAAUGGGUGUGCAGGAGGUAUUCCGGCAUGUACACCUAUUCGCCGUCUUAUUCUUGCUUGACUUUCUGCAUUUUGCGGCGAGCUCAGAAGUUCCAAGCUAUGUGAAGGAGAACGCCCCGAUUAUCUGGCUACAUUCCGAUGAUCCUUUUAUGCCGAGUGACAUAUUGAGCCAUGUGCUACACACGACGCCGUACAAAAAGUUCCAACCCGUACCAGACGUUCCGGACUUGGAUCUGGACAACUUGUCAUCACUAAACGACUAUGGCAAACAGAUCUUUUUAACCUCGAUCGAGAACGUCACGUCUCAUCCUGCCUGGCUGCGAGGAGAGACGCCAGAUGCUACGGGCGCCUUACACAAUUCUACGGCAUGUGCCGUCGUGCUUAUCAACAAGUCGGACUCGAUCCUUGAUGCUUUCUAUUUCUACUUUUAUUCCUACGACGAGGGCGCGGAUAUAACUCAGGUAUUACCACCUUUGAACAGGCUCUUACCGAACAGUAAACCCGGUGAUCAUUAUGGCAAUCAUGUCGGAGACUGGGAACAUAACAUGAUCCGAUUCAUAGACGAAGUGCCGUAUGGUAUGUGGUUCAGCCAGCACGGAAGUGGUGAGGUUUGUCUAUGGGAAGACACGACUUGCCUAUCAAAGCAAGGAGAUAGGCCAGUUGUCUACAGUGCCCGAGGCUCACAUGCGAACUAUCCUAGUGCAGGGAGCCACGUUCAUGACUCGGCGCUCGUUGAUGUUGCGAAUAAAGGCCGCGUCUGGGACCCCGUUCAGCCUGCCUGGAUCUACUCCUAUAAUGCUGCAACAGAUGUCCUUACUGCACUAGAACCCAGCAACGCGCCGACUGACUGGUUCCACUUCACUGGCGGCUGGGGUGACAAGCAAUACUCCGACAAAGAUCCACGGCAAUCAACUGUGCCAUACUUCGGGCUGAAAAAGUACAACAAUGGCCCUACGGGUCCCAAGUUCAAGCACCUGCUCCGCAAAGGGCUGCAGCCGGACGAGAAGCCCAAAGGCAGUCUUAUGAGGACUGCGGUCGAGAUAUAUAUGUCCAUGUACGGGUGCUGUCUGAAAGGGAUAAACCCAUGGAUCGUGAUAAUUGCUCUACUCCUUUCCCUGGCGGCGACCACUUUCUUGGUCAUAUUCAUUAUCAGGAGGUUGGCGCCUGCUGUAAGGAGCCGCUUGGCCAGAGAAAGGGACGAGAAACAAUCGGGCAGUAUCGUGUCACGUUUGAAAGUUUGGCUGUACAAGAAUAAGCGACGUCCGGAAGAUCCUUCGGAGUUCUCGUUGCGGUUACUCGAUCCUGAACUAGCAGAGGACGACUUGUAGCCUCCAACAGAGCGUUGCACAUCGAGAAAAAAAAUAUCAGAGACCCAUUCUUCCUACCCUCGCCAG